AUGGGAGCUAGAGAUAGCAGUAUCCGGCUUGGUGAUGUGGGAGCUAGAGAUAGCAGUAUCCGGCCUGGUGAUGUGGGAGCUAGAGAUAGCAGUAUCCGGCCUGGUGAUGUGGGAGCUAGAGAUAGCAGUAUCCGGCCUGGUGAUGUGGGAGCUAGAGAUAGCAGUAUCCGGCCUGGUGAUGUGGGAGCUAGAGAUAGCAGUAUCCGGCCUGGUGAUGUGGGAGCUAGAAAUAGCAGUAUCCGGCCUGGUGAUGUGGGAGUUAGAGAUAGCAGUAUCCGGCCUGGUGAUGUGGGAGCUAGAGAUAACAGUAUCCGGCCUGGUGAUGUGGGAGCUAGAGAUAGCAGUAUCCGGCCUGGUGAUGUGGGAGCUAGAGAUAGCAGUAUCCGGCCUGGUGAUGUGGGAGCUAGAGAUAGCAGUAUCCGGCCUGGUGAUGUGGGAGCUAGAGAUAGCAGUAUCUGGCCUGGAGAUGUGGGAGCUAGAGAUAGCAGUAUCUGGCCUGGUGAUGUGGGAGCUAGAGAUAGCAGUAUCCGGCCUGGUGAUGUGGGAGCUAGAGAUAGCAGUAUCUGGCCUGGUGAUGUGGGAGCUAGAGAUAGCAGUAUCUGGCCUGGUGAUGUGGGAGCUAGAGAUAGCAGUAUCCGGCCUGGUGAUGUGGGAGCUAGAGAUAGCAGUAUCCAGCCUGGUGAUGUGGGAGCUAGAGAUAGCAGUAUCCGGCCUGGUGAUGUGGGAGCUAGAGAUAGCAGUAUCUGGCCUGGUGAUGUGGGAGCUAGAGAUAGCAGUAUCCGGCCUGGUGAUGUGGAAGCUAGAGAUAGCAGUAUCCGGCCUGGUGAUGUGGGAGCUAGAGAUAGCAGUAUCUGGCCUGGUGAUGUGGGAGCUAGAGAUAGCAGUAUCCGGCCUGGUGAUGUGGGAGCUAGAGAUAGCAGUAUCCGGCCUGGUGAUGUGGGAGUUAGAGAUAGCAGUAUCCGGCCUGGUGAUGUGGGAGCUAGAGAUAGCAGUAUCCGGCCUGGUGAUGUGGGAGUUAGAGAUAGCAGUAUCCGGCCUGGUGAUGUGGGAGACAGAGAUGACAGUAGAUUAGCUAGUCAGCUGAGAAAUUGGAGAAUGAAACUGGAGAAGGAGCUCCAGGAUGUCAGGAGACAAAAUGAGUUGGGAAAAGGCCAGCUGUCACCAGAAGGAAUGAUCUGGUUUCUUUGUGGUUCAGAAAACAGUAUUGUGGCUCCAGAAAAGCUUUUAGUAACACAAGACAUGACCCAGCCUCUGCCACACUACUUUGUUAAUUCAUCACACAAUACCUACCUCACUGCUGGACAGUUCUCGGGAAUUUCCUCUCCUGAAAUGUACCGACAGACCUUGCUUUCUGGCUGCCGCUGUGUGGAGCUUGACUGCUGGAAAGGGAAACCCCCUGAGGAAGAACCCAUCAUUACACAUGGAUUUACUAUGACAACUGAAAUUCUUUUCAAGGAAGUGAUUGAAGCUAUUGCUGAAAGCGCUUUUAAAGUAUCCCAGUAUCCUGUUGUCCUGUCAUUUGAGAACCAUGUUGACUCUGCAAAACAGCAAGCCAAGAUGGCAGACUACUGCAGAAACAUUUUUGGAGAUAUGCUGCUCAUAGACCUCCUGGAUAAGUACCCAUUAAAAGCAGGAUCUGCAAUGCCGAGUCCCCAGGAAUUACUGGGGAAAAUUCUGAUCAAGAAUAAAAAAAAUCAAACAGCACCACCUCAGCAGAACAACCAGGACCCGAAUAAGAAAAAACCCGCAGACUCUGACGAUGCAGAACAGGCUCUACCUGCAGAUGUGGAUGAUGGUUUAUCAUGGGAAAUCUAUGAUGGAAGCACCCCAGAAACUGACAAUGCAAAUACUGAUACAGCAGAAAAAGGACCCGACUCUGAAGGUGUUAAAAAACAUGACUUGUCAGCGUUUCACAUCCCUGAGAUGAAUACCAGAGUUCAAGAGUCUAAUCACUUGAAGGAAAAAGCUGCUCUUGAACCUGGCCAUUUUACAGUGUACUGUCUUCUGCCAGAUGACAGACAUGUGAACAAUUCAGAAGCAGGUGGUGAUCAGACUGUUUCUUUAAAUUCACGAACCACUGAAAGCAUAAAUGAGGCUGCAGUGUCAUGUGACAGAGCUCAUGCAGAGAGUAAUGGAGGCCCAGGAAAUUCUGAGCAUACUAAUGCUCAAGAGUUUAAAGACUUGCCAGGUUUGGUUAACAAUAAUGCUGGUCCUGUACAAGAAUUUGAUAGAUUGACCACUCGUUCAGAAGUGCAAGAAGUAAAAGAACAAGAGGAAGCAGAGAAUGAAGAAGAAGAUGAUGCUGGUCUUAAUGAAGAGUCAGUAAAGAAUUCUGAUGAGGGCACAGCAGGAUCAGAGGUCAUAGCUUAUGAGGAGAUGUCCCGUCUGGUCAACUAUGUCCAGCCCAUGAAGUUUAUAUCAUUUGAAAUCUCGAAACAAAAGAACAGAAGCUUUGCAAUUUCAUCCUUUGUGGAGACUAGGGCCAAUGAUUUGUUGACGAAAUUCUCAGUAGAGUUUGUGGAAUAUAACAAAAGGCAAAUGAGCCGUAUCUACCCUAAGGGAACACGGAUGGAUUCUUCAAAUUAUAUGCCUCAGAUGUUUUGGAAUGCAGGCUGCCAAUUCGUGGCUCUAAACUUCCAAACAAUGGAUCUGCCGAUGCAGUUAAACAUGGCGUUAUUUGAGUUCAACGGUAAGAGUGGUUACCUGAUCAAGCAUGAGCACAUGCGUCGCACAAACAAGAUAUUUGACCCGUUCACCACUGACAGGCUUGAUGGGGUUGUGGCUAAUACAGUAUCUAUAGCGAUAAUUUCGGGACAGUUUCUAUCAGACAGGAGUGUAAAGACAUAUGUUGAAGUGGAGCUCUUUGGGUUACCAGGAGAUCCAAAGCGUAAAUAUAAGACUAAACUCUCAUCUGAUACUAACUCUAUCUGUCCCCACUGGAAGGAGAGUCCAUUUGUCUUUGAAAAGAUAUUGAUGCCAGAUCUUGCUUCACUGCGGGUUGCAGCUUAUGAAGAAGGAGCUAAGUUUAUUGGACACAGAAUUCUUCCUGUCAAUAUAAUACAAUCAGGUUACCAUCAUAUCUGCUUACGGAGUGAAGCUAACCUCCCACUUUCUCUGCCAUCCUUGUUUGUCUUUGUGGAAGUGAAAGAUUAUGUGCCUGCUACCUGGGCAGAUCUCACCUCUGCAUUGUCAGACCCCACUAAAUUUGCUAGUACCGCAAAGCAGUUGUUGACACAGAAAGUUAGUUCAUCAUCCCAUGAACAGUCAAAUGAUGUUAAGAAAUCUACAGCCAAAACCCAGGCAUCAGCUCCAGCAAAUGGAUCUCCAACAUCCCAGGCAACACCAGCUUCUGCUCCUGGAACUACACCACCUCCUAUAGGAGGUGGACCUAAAUCAGCUGCUGCAGCAACAGAUACUACAAAAGAGCUCAAAGGUAUGAAAAAUAAAUACUAA